GGAGGCGGGGACUGUAGUGUGAGUCUAUAGGAGGGAUGUUCAGCAAUGGCUAGUGAGGAGUGUGAGGACUGGAUCCUGGAGUCUAUAAAGCUAUAUAAAGAUCUUCACGACUUUGAACUGCAGGAGGCGACGAGAGUCAUAGAGUGGACGGGCGAUAAGAGUAUCUGUAUAGCGGGGUACACCGGGGCCCGGAAGAAUGAAGUCCUGCAGCUGCUCUUCCCCCAGAAGCUCCAUGAGCAGGAGAACCAGGGCCUGUGUCCAGAGAGGGACCUCAAGGUGGAAUACGGAGGAUUUUCCGAACAUCCCGUCUACAGCCUCCGGCACAUCCCCAACAGCAGUCUGCUGGUUACCAGCGGUCCCGCUGCCGCUCACGUUCAGAUAUGGCAGAUCGGAGCUGAAGAUAAAGAUGUCAUUCAGUCCACGAUGUCCAUUCAGUCCGAUCCCGUGAAAGACACCUGGACAAAAGUCGCUGUUUCGGCCGUGGUAUCGCCACGCGUGGUUCACGGGUCCCAGGUCAGCGGCGUCCACAUCACAGAGAUCGAGUCAGCCAGGCGCGUCUACACAUUAGCGGUAUCUGGCGGUGAGGCGGUCGGCUCGCUCUCCUUCUUGGAUUCCAGUACUGUCCACCUGUGCUGCCAGAGCGGCCGGCAGAUCCUCGCGGAUGUCCGACAACCAGGGAUUGCCAGCGAGGGGGCCGUGGCCCCAAGGGUCCCCUCUGACGGCCAGUGGUGCGCAGCUGUAAAGCCAGAGAACCAAGGCGCCUGUGCCAAGAUCGCCAGCCUGUCUUCUAAGGGCCACAUCACUAUCACGGACACUAGGGACCUGGGGGCCCCCCUGAAAUGUGCCAAGACCAAGUCAUCCAAUGCCCCUGCCCCCGUGGAGCACAUGAUGUGUGUCUGCUGGGCCCCCGGACUGGAGGACCACAUCUCCGUCUCAGGCCUUGAUGGUACGGUCCAGAUCUACGACACAGGACGCUGGGACGCUGCCGUGAAGGAGGUGGAUGCGCUGUUCACCCACAGGGGUCAUUCGGUUAUGGGGGAGUGUGAGGACGGGAGUGCCCCCAGGGUGACCGUCCAUUCCUGGCACCCGUGGAAAGAGAGGACGCUGGUAUCCGCCGCCAACGACGGCUCCUUGCAUAUCUGGGACUGGCUGGACGGCAACGCCCAGCGCUGAGUGGAGAGGAAAGGGUUAAUUUAUUACUU